AUGCCCCUUGGUUUUCGCAAACCUCUCGCUUCUCUUAUAAUAGCUCUUUCAUUCAGCACAAGUUUCGUCCCGGUUUUGGUAGCCGCCGCCGCCGCAGCAGCACCACGCACCUCACGCCCCCACCAGGUGGAAGAGAGGGAUAACAACAACCCCCUCAACAUCAACUGGAGUCCUGCCCCCCCGCCAGACGAAGGCCCCCCCGGAGCAAGAUACGCCCUCCGUGAUCCAGCAUACCUACCUGCCCAGAUCGGUGGAAUCGUCGGCUCUUACGCUCUCUCCCUGGUGCUGGUCGCCAUCAUCCUACUGAGCUUAUCCAAAAAGCGGCGCGAGCACCUUCGAGCAGGAGAGGACUUCGGUGCCUGGGAGGAGUCUCAUCUCACAUUUGACAACGCCGAGCCAUUCUCUGCUUUCAAAUCACAGGACGAUUUCCAGUUCCGAGCACAGGACUGUCCUCCACAGCAGAGCUUCCAGGAAUUGCCGAGAAUCCACACACAGGACCACGUCCAGGGACACGUCCGCAACUUCUCUCUUCCUUCGCCCACCUCGGCAAGGUUUUCGACCGGCACACGGGAGCAGACGCCUUAUAUCCUUCCAUCGCCAGACGGCAGUCUCCGCGGACGACCAGGAGUGGACCCAAACGUUGACCAGUCCAUUGUCAUACACGACAGAGCCAUGGCGCAGGCACAGCUGGAAGAUAUGUACAAGUAUGUGAUGGAGCAGGAGGCCGCCAAGGAGGCGGGGGUCGUGUUCAGAGGGCCCACGUUUCCCAACGCAGGGCAGCAGCAGCAGCAGCUGGAGCAAAAUGCCUCAUCACAGGGCAUACUUCAGAAGAAGGGAAGAAACAAACCCGCAAACCUCAACCUGAGUGCCGACGCCAAGUCGGAAAAGACGCAGUCCCGGACAUCCUCAAUCCUGUCCGCGCUCAAGUCCCCACUGGGCAAGAAGAAGGAGAAAGUGCAUGCGAUUAGCAUUUCCUCGCCAAUUAUGACACCAAUGACCGGCACAUUCCCACCUCAGUACGUCGGCGAGGAGAUGAACGCCAUCCCGCCGCGACACUACGCGCCUGCUGCGCCGCCACCCGUCCCUACGGGUAAUCCUACCUUCAGCCAGCGGCGAAAUGUGCAGAUGGCCCCCCUUACGCCGCCGGACGACAUGUCGCCCGAGAGCACGCAGAGCAUCGACGAGCGGCUCCGCGCCAUGGCAGGCAAAGGCAAGGACAGGGACGUCCCCGGGGAAUCCAACGAGGACGAGGAAGAGGAAGAGCGACAGAGACAGGACCACUAUUACCACUCGCGUCAACAGUCGUCCGCGACGAUGGAGAUGGACCCCAUCUCUGCCACGUCGGAGACGUCGACAACGCCUCUGGUCAGGGGCGAGCGACUCCGCGACAGUCGGGCGUCGGGCCUACCCUCGAGCCCCAAGCCGGGGGUCAACCGCUUCCCCAGCCUGAACUCGCUGCCGUCGUCCCCAAAGCCCGGCGCGACCUUCUCGCGGCCCAACGCGCCGUCAGCGGUGCGCACGGGCGGUGCGCUGCCCCUGCGAGCUUAUGAGCCUGCGCUCAUGUCGCCCAACACGUACGACCGCACGGUCAAGCAGACCGUGUUCGAGAGGGCCGGCCCGCUGUCGCCGGGGCUGGGCACCGCACGGACGCCCCAUACCGGCGCGCCGGUCCCGUACUCGCCGUACCAGCCCUUCUCGCCCGUGGUGCCCAUCACGCCCAGCCUCGUGACCAAGGCCGACAGGAAGAGGAUGAGGAGGAUGGAGCCCAAGACGCCAACGAUGGAGAUGGUCCAGAGCAGCGACGACAUCUGGUGA